UCCCACCGCGCUACAGGGUCCAUUACUAGGAGGGGAACCGUCCAUGUCGAGGGAAUACGACGACAACGACGCUGGACGCAGCGAUCGCCGUAGAAGGGGAAGCAGGAGUAGGAGUAGAAGCAGGAGUGGGAGCAGGAGUGGGAGCAGGAGCAGGAGCCGUAGAGCACCGAAGGAAGAAGUACGAUCGCUGUUCAUUCGCGGACUUUCUGACUCUACCAGGUCGCAAGACCUGCUGGAGGCAUUUCAGACGUAUGGUACCGUUACGGAUUGCUAUCUCCCAAAAGAUUAUUACACUGGGAAGCCCAGAGGUUUUGCUUACAUCCAAUACGGCACACAGGAAGAAGCGGAUCGGGCGUUUUCAAAGAUCGAAUAUAUAACAAUCAACGGUCGCACGGUAACAAUCGAAUGGGCCGCCGGACGCAGAAAAACUCCUGUAGAAAUGCGUGGGCGGGGCCCCCGUCCCUCCAGAUAUAGGCCACGAGGAGGAACUCCUUCCCCACGGCGUCGGCGAAGGUCUAGAUCCAGAUCGCCAGCACGCUCCUAUCGCCGCAGAUACUCACGAUCGCGCUCGAGGUCUCGCUCACGAUCUCCUGCAAGGGGUCACAAAGACGCGAAGAGCGGCUAUAACGAACGGAAUGGACACCGUGAAUUUGCCAAGGAUCGUCGGGACGACGUUUCUCGCUCACGAUCGCGAUCAGGAACACGCUCAGCAAGCCGUGAUUAGACGAGUUUGCUGUCGAGUAAAUGUGUUCGGUGCGGAUGUAGGUAUUGCGACCUUAUGUAGCAGUAGCAUAGUUGUGAACGCUUGCUGGCUUGGCGUUGCGAUGAAUGAAGAAUCUAUUUGGUGUGUCGCCGCCGUGGGA